AUAAGUGUUACAGUGUAUAGUCCGGGAAUAAUACACGUGGUUGCGCUUAGGUGUAUACACUGGAAACCGUGAUAAUCUCACUAAGCAGUUAAAUCGACUCUACUAGGAAGGUACCGGGUUAUUAACAAUUUUAUCGGUACAUAUUAGCUUUAUGGCAUUAGGGGCCAGAAGGUCAGAUGGUUAUACGUGUACAUUACCCAAGGCGCGUCGCACAUUUCGCAGUACGCCAUCAUUCUAUCAUUAAACUAUAUUGUGAUUCUGUGUAACUGUUGAAGCAAUGGCAACUAAAGUAGAUUACGAAAUUAGCGAGGAGGAUCAAAAUAACAUUGUGCAGUUCAGCAAGGUGUUCAAUGAACGGAACCAAGCUGAGAAACGCUUGAAAACUCUGAAGGAGCAGGUACAAAACCUAACUGAUGCUGAGGAGGAGCUUAUGAUUACCAUGGAUACACCAUAUUUGAAGAUAGGCGACUGCUUCUUACGUUUCGAAGAAUCCGAACUUGGCAGCCACUUGGAGCAGCAGAAGGACGAAUCCAAUGCUGAAAUCGAGAAGCUAGAGUCGUCGCUGCAAGAACUCACAGCUAAAUCUACUGAAUUAAAGGCUAUGCUCUAUGCUAAACUAGGCAACCGCAUUAACCUGGAGGGUUGAUACCCGCGUGACCUCGCUGUAAUGAUCGCAACAU